AUGUUUUUUUCUUUUAUUUUUUUUACAGCUUCUCAUAAAUCUGAAACAAUUUCAAAAUGUGAACUCCCGAAGGAUACCGGUCCAUGUAAUCGAUUUGUUACUAAAUGGUACUAUAAUAAAAAUGAUGGUACUUGUACACGAUUUCAUUAUGGUGGAUGUGGUGGUACUGAUAAUCGUUUUGAUAGCGAACAGCAAUGUAAAAAUGCAUGUGGUAACUUUACCGAUCCAUGUGAAUUACCAAAAGUAAACGGGCCAUGCUCUGGAAGACAUAAACGAUAUUAUUUUAAUUCGGAUACCGGUCGAUGUGAACGUUUCGAAUACGGUGGAUGUUUAGGCAAUACGAAUAAUUUCCUAAAUCUUGCUGAUUGUGAAGCAAAAUGUUUAUUAUCGGAAGAACAUUUCAACUGGGAAAAUUCAUUAACAACAAGACUGUGUUCAUUACCUAAAAUUAGUGAGUCAUGCAGAUCAACUGUGAAACGAUAUUACUAUGAUGAAUCACUUGGUGAAUGUUUACCAUUUUUUUAUGAUAAUUGUAUUGGAGAUGAGAAUGGUUUCGAUAAUAUAAAUGAUUGUAUAGGUAAUUGCACUGCGCAUUCAAAUUUUCAGGAUUUUGAAACGAAUGCCAUAUCAGUUGAUAGACGCGUUAAUCAUUUCCAGAAAAAUAUCCGGCAUAAUGUUUACGGUGCAGUAAAUCUUCACGUACAAAAUGGAAAUCAUCUGACUAGUAAAUUCUCAAUACCUGAAAUAAGUAGCACCAAAUCGAUUGCUACUACGGUAACGGCGGUAAUAGAAUUUGAUGGAACAACGCCCAGUCUGGAUGGUAGAUUUAGCAAGGAGAAUGAUAGUGAAGGAAAAAUGAUAAUGAUUGAUACUGGUGAAGGAAUUGAAUCUUUCUUAUCCCUACCAGAGCUAUGUUUGUUACCGGAAGAUGCGGGACCUUGUUUUGGUGAAAUUUUGCGAUGGCGAUAUAAUUCGGAAACAAAUCACUGUGAAACAUUCAUCUAUACCGGUUGUGGACAUAAUGCAAAUUAUUUUACUUCAGAAGAAGCCUGUUUAAGAGCAUGUGGAGAAUAUCGAAAUAGCGAUGUAUGUAUGAUGAAAGUGGACCGUGGUCAGUGUGAAUUAGGUGUAACAAAGUGGUACUACAAUAUGGAUACUGGUCAAUGUCAUGUAUUCAUUUAUACUGGUUGUGGUGGUAAUGGUAAUCGAUUUUCUUCAAAAGCUGAAUGCCAACAUCUUUGCACAUCCGAAAUACUUUUUUACACUGAUAAUAACGAAAAAGAUAUAUGUCAAUUAGAUCGAGAAAGUGGUCCAUGUACUGAUCCAGUAACACAAUGGUAUUUUAAUGCAAGUUUAUCACAAUGUAUGCAAUUUACAUAUGGCGGUUGUCGUGGUAAUGCUAAUCGAUUUAAUAGUCAAAAACUUUGUGAGCAACGAUGCUUACAAAAAAAUGAAAUGAAAGUAAGAAUUGAUCGAACAAAAGAUGAUUGUUUAUUGCCAUUCGAAGUUGGAUCAUGUCAAAAUAAUCAACAACGAUGGUAUUUUGAUAAAUCUGCGGGAUAUUGUACAAAAUUUAUGUAUAGCGGAUGUGGAGGCAAUCAGAAUCGUUUUUUCAGUGAAGAUGAAUGCAUGCAUUACUGCUCUGUUCAUUUGCAUAAAAGACGACUGAAAAUGAGCCGUCCAAUGCUUAUCCUUAUCGGUUAUAAUCCGGUACCUGUAGGAUCAACAAUAACAUUAAGAUGUAAAGCUAAUAAACAGUAUCCCGUACAGUGGCACAAAAAUGGUGUAUUAUUUCAAAUUUCAAACAAUGAUCAAAGGAUAUAUGACUUUAAAAUUUUAAGCCAUGUAAUCGAGAUGAAGGAACUUUAUCAUCUGUUUGCAUGA